CCCAUGUGUCGUUUUAGUUUGUGCUAUCUUGUUUACCCCUCCUCUCUCUAGUUUUCUCUCUCUCUCUCACACACACACAUACUGACUUGGCUCUCAUACAUUGACUUGUUCUCCGGCGAAUUGCUCCGGCUAUGACGCCUGAGCCAGAGAUCGGUUAAGCUCAGAGAAUGGGAAUUAAGAUCCAUCAGAGAAUUCAUAUUAUUCGAUUCCGGUUCUAAGAUUUCGGUUUUUGGUUAAACAGACCGAUUUUAAGGGGUACUUGUUGCUAGAAAGAAACCGAAUACUCGGCUGUGGAGUUUAGUAUGAGCUUUGAGAAGGAAUUCCAAAUCCCUAAUGGAAAUAGGGAUUACUGGAGUUCUGUGACUCACGGAAUGCCGAUUCCACGUGAGAACGGAAUUGGACAUGGUGAAGGUUCCCGGACGACAGUGAGAAGUGGAAUCGAGCUUGUGGGUGUUGGGGAUCCUACAUUGGCUCCAGGAAGGCCGAUGACGAUGGAUAACGGAAUCGGGUGUGAUAUGGGUUCUUGGAAUGCAACUACUGAGGGUAGCAUUUUGCAAAGGAAUGGAAUUGGCCAAAGUGGGAACUCCUGGUUUCCGGUGACUUCAGAAACGCAGAUAGACGAGAGAGCAAAUCCGGUUCCUGUAGAGAUGCACGAAAAUCGAUCAGAAACCGAGAAUUGGGGUGAUUUACUUGGGAUGUACACAGAUUUGCUGCAAGAAAAGACACUUGAUACGAAUGGAAUUCUUGGGGAUAAUAACCGACAACCACCACCAGUGGUUUGUAAUAAUGGGAAUCAGAGUUGGGUUGCAAGUAACAGGAACUUGACCCAAACAUUGAACCGUGUCACGUAUCAGAAUCAAACCCCUAACCAAGCCACAACUUAUAAUACCUCGUUGACUUCUAUGCUAGGAGGUCAACAAACACAGAGGUUCACUUCAAACAUUCUGAUCAGUAAUGGACACAACCCAAAAGAUGGAUUCCCAGUGAAUUACGAACCACGCUACAGCCCAGGUUCACCACCAAGAUGGAAACCAGAUGCAGCCGCAUCACGCAUAGUCGAUUCUUUCCCAUUUGCCCCAAUCACACCCGAUAAUCAGCGAAAGCAUAUGGAUGGUCAACGGGUACAAGAGAAAGUCAACUUUUCAGAUGAAGAAACUUCAGCUCGAGCCGAAAACAGGCAUGGAAAUCAAACGAUGUUGGAAAAAGAUGCCGAAAAUUUGUACAAUGAACUGUUGCAGACGAUUGAGAAAUCUCCGCCUUCUGCGGUUUCAACAACACAGAAAGAUAACAUUAUUUCUGAAGAUAAAGAUGAAGGCACUGACGUGCAUAAAACGCCUAACCAAAAAACACCAACAAGAAGAAGAAAACACCGUCCAAAGGUUAUUAGAGAAGGGAAACCAAAAAGAACACCAAAAGUUCCAAUAAACGGUGAGAUCCGAGUAAAAAGAAAGUACGUAAGGAGAAAAGGUGUGAAUAAUUUAAACGAAAAUACCCCGGUGGAGAUCGUUCAAAAAAGAAAAUACGUAAGGAAAAAAGGGGUAGAUAGUUCAAACGAUAAAAAUCCAACAGAGCCCGUUCAAAAAAGAAAAUACAUGCGGAAGAAGGGUGUUGACCACUUGGAAAGUCAACAACAAAAGACGGUGGAUGAUACUCCACCCGUAUCAUGCAAAAAACGGCUGAAUUUUGACUUAGAGAGCGUAACACAAGAUGAAGGCCAUGACAGUAAAAGCAUCCAACAGGAUAUAAACGUUCCAAGUACACCUGUCAAAGCAAGGUACCAUGAUUUAAACGUGCUUGCAAGACAUAUGACCACAAGUCCAAAACAAGAUACAGGGGAGAACGGUUAUAUUAAUACAGUAAAUGAACUUGUUCAUGGAAAUGAAAUCAAAAACUAUGUUUUUCAAGCAGGCAUGAGGCCUGCAAACGUGCAGCGCACUCCUCAAUCAUUCACAAUUGAAGGUAUGGUUAGUUUAGAUGAAAAAAGAGGUAUCAAAAGACAGAGUUGUGAGCAAAGGAGUUAUAAUGUAAACGCUAUGAAUUCUGUUCUUUGGUACCAAAAAAUGUUGUUGGGGGUUGCAAAUCGUGCAAAUAACUGCAACCCUUUGAGCAAUAUUUUAUUAGAAAAUCACAAAAAAAUGAAGAUGCAAAGUGAGCUUCAAGACAACUCAAGACAAACGAAGGGCAUAUAUAUAAACGGGCCAACGAAUCAGUUACUGAAUUCUUGCACUGGAAGAAGUGACCCUGCUUAUAAGGUAAUAAAUUACGGUGGAAAUGGUGACAACCACCACUUCCGGCGACCAAUGGCGGCUACACAUUACUUACUGAAGCGACAGCUCUCAAAUGGAAUGCUGCGGCCCCACAUGAUGAGAUCAAUGCUAGAGAGAUCACAAAGAUAUACUCAGGGUGCAAUGAUCAGCUGGAAUCAAAAUAGGGCCUCUAGAUUUGCGGUUACAGCUUACCCAAAAGUAGAACCAAAUUCUUAUAACCAAAGGUUAAUUGGAUUGAAUGAGAAGCUUCAGCAACAUCGUAACAAUUCCUUAAAACUUUACCAGCAAUCCACAAGAAGAGCAAGAGGGAGACCAAGGAAACAGAAAGUUGAAUUUUCAGUAGUGGAUGAAAUUACAUAUAAGCUAGAAAGACUAUGCAUAUAUGACGGUAAUAAGAAACAGCAAAAUGAACUUGUUCUGCACAGAGGUAGUGAGGCCAUUAUUCCAUUUGAGCCAAUCAGGAAACGAAACCAACGUCCUAAAGUAGACCUAGAUCCGGAAUCAGAAAGAUUGUGGAACCUGUUGAUGGGUGAUGAAGGAAGUAAGGGCGCUGAAAACAUGGAUAAUGAAAAAGAAAAAUGGUGGGAAAAUGAAAGGCGAGUGUUUCGUGGGCGAACAGACUCAUUCAUUGCCCGUAUGCAUCUUGUUCAAGGGGAUAGAAGAUUCUCACGAUGGAAAGGAUCCGUAGUUGACUCGGUGAUUGGUGUCUUUCUCACACAGAAUGUUUCUGAUCAUCUUUCAAGUUCUGCCUUCAUGGCACUGGCAGCAAAAUUCCCCGUUAAGUCAACAACCGCCGACAAAACAUGCUGCCAAGAUGACAAUAUAAAAUGUCAUGAAAAGAUAACAACACCAUCAAACUCUUCUGAAAACAUGACACAACUAGAGGAAGAAGUGAUUCUAUCACAAGAUUCCUUUGACACUUCCACAAUUCAAACUGUUAAUGAAUGCGGGUCAAGCUCAGGGUCAAACUCAGAAGCAGAUGAUGUAACAACUGGGUUUGAAACCAGUAAACAGUCAGGUACACCACAGAAAGACCAUUCCAACAACGAUGACCUUGCAACAAACAUGCAUCAUCCACCAAAAGAACCUGCAUGUAACAUACAAAUUUCUAGCACGAACGGUAUCGAACUGAAUACUUCAUCCGGUCAGUUUCAAACGAGCAUGACACCAGGUUUGCCUUCAUCUAACUCUGGAGUGACAGAAGCAUGCCAUACAAGUAAUGUAACCUAUCCACAAAACGAAAUACCGAAGUUCCAAACACCAUCACAAAGCCCAAAAGAAGUCCCUACUAUGUUUGGGGGAAUACCUAUUAUCAAUGUUGAGGACAGAACAUCGGUAGUUAAUAAGCAGAACUGUGUUGAGAAUACAGUCACUGAAGCAAACUCAAGAGAGCCAAAGGUUUCUCACGUACCAUUAAGUGGGUCAGGCCAAAAUAUGCCAAAAGCUACAAAGGAAACACCUGAGGAUGAAAGAAAAAAAGCAAUUGAUUGGGAUAGCCUGAGAAAAGAGGCCCUAUCCAAUGGUGAAAAGAAAGAGAGAAGCGAAAAUGCAAAGGAUACGAUUGAUUAUGAAGCACUAAGACGGGCCAACGUUAAUGAGAUUUCUGACGCUAUUAAGGAACGUGGAAUGAAUAACUUGUUAGCUGACAGAAUGCAGGAUUUCCUUAACCGCCUGGUGAGAGAUCAUGGGUCAAUUGACCUAGAAUGGUUAAGAGAUGCACCCCCUGAUAAAGCAAAGGAUUACUUACUGAGUUUUCGAGGAUUGGGGCUGAAAAGUGUCGAGUGUGUGCGCUUGUUAACACUUCAUCAUCUUGCUUUUCCAGUCGACACAAAUGUUGGGAGAAUAGCAGUGAGACUUGGGUGGGUCCCUCUCCAACCACUACCAGAAUCGCUCCAACUGCAUCUACUAGAAAUGUAUCCUGUGUUGGAGUCCAUUCAGAAAUACCUUUGGCCCAGGCUGUGCAAGUUGGAUCAGUUGACAUUAUAUGAGCUACACUACCAAAUGAUUACAUUUGGAAAGGUUUUUUGCACAAAGAGUAAACCAAACUGUAAUGCAUGCCCAAUGAGAGCAGAGUGCAGACACUUUGCCAGUGCUUUUGCAAGUGCAAGGCUUGCCCUCCCAGGACCAGAGGAAAAAAGAAUAGUGGUUUCAGAUGCUCCCGUUACAAAAGACCCAAUAUCACCUACGGGUAUUAGGCUCAUGUCACUACCUCCAGCUGAAAAUGAAUCACACAAAAGUGCAGAAAAUUCCGGGAAUAAUUGUGAACCUAUCAUUGAAGAACCAACAACGCCUGAGCCAGAAGUGAAUGAAUUAUCAAUAAGUGACAUUGAGGAUCAAUACUAUGAAGAUUCUGAUGAUAUUCCAAGUAUUAAACUCAACAUGGAAGAAUUCACAACCAAUUUGCAGAACAUGAUGCAAGAUGGCAACGACAUGUCCAAAGCAUUAGUUGCAUUAAAUCCUAAAGUUGCUUCUAUCCCAACACCCAAACUAAAGGAUGUUAGCCGGUUGCGAACCGAGCAUCUAGUGUAUGAACUUCCAGAUUCUCAUCAACUUUUAGAAGGGUUGGACAAAAGAGAACCCGAUGACCCAAGCCCCUACCUCUUAGCAAUAUGGACACCAGGUGAAACUGCAAAUUCAGUACAGGCUCCCACAACAAACUGUUUAGCACAGCAAUCAGGUCAGUUGUGUGAUCGAACAACAUGCUUUUCAUGCAACAGUAUAAAGGAAGCAAAUUCACAAGUGGUCAGAGGAACUAUUUUGAUACCAUGCCGAACAGCAAUGCGAGGGAGCUUUCCACUUAAUGGCACAUAUUUCCAAGUGAAUGAGAUGUUUGCGGAUCACGCAUCAAGUCUGAAUCCAAUUGAUGUUCCAAGGACAUGGAUUUGGAACUUGCCAAGAAGAAAAGUUUACUUCGGGACUUCUGUAUCAACAAUCUUCAAAGGGCUAACUACCGAGGGAAUUCAAUACUGCUUUUGGAAAGGAUUUGUUUGUGUGAGAGGAUUUGAUCGAAUAAAUAGGGCUCCUAGACCUCUGAUGGCUAGGCUACACUUCCCAGCAAGUAAGUUAAUCACACAAAAAACGAAGGCGAAUAAAUGAGCUAUGAAACAUAAAUAAAGCUCUAGGAUCAAGACUUGUUGGAAGGAAAAGAGCUCAGAAACUAACCACUUGGUUUACAUUAAACUGUCCAUGCUUUAAAAGCAACAGCCAUGACCUAUGUAGGUUAGCGAAGAGAAAUGCAGGAUUGGUAUUUAUUCAUUUCCCUAUGCUCAAAAAUGAGCCAUUUUUUAUCAGUUAGCUUGUUUAACACUUUAACAUGAGAAAGAGGUUAGCAGAGCAUUAGGUUCGUAUUUACUUUCUGAUACAUGUAUGAAUUUUCUAACAGCUUUUAAUAAUGUCAUUCGUCUGGCGCAAUUGUUUGUGCAA